UCUUGCUGAAGGAGGCAUCCUCAUCAAUUUUCUCCUCUUUCUUCAAUUUCAGUUUCAAUCUUCUUCUUCAACCCUAGUUUUUUACUCUCUCUCUCUCUCUCUCGCUAUGACGAAGCAGCAAGCUAACUGGUCUCCUUAUGACAACAAUGGAGGAACGUGUGUUGCGGUUGCAGGUGCAGAUUACUGUGUAAUUGCUGCUGAUACUAGGAUGUCCACUGGCUACAACAUCCUAACUCGCGAUUACUCCAAAAUCAUUAAAUUAGCGGACAAGUGUGUGCUGGCUUCUUCAGGAUUUCAAGCUGAUGUGGGAGCUUUGCAAAAGGUUUUGGCAGCAAGGCAUCUGAUCUAUCAGCAUCAGCACAAUAAGCAGAUGAGCUGCCCAGCUAUGGGUCAGCUACUUUCGAACACCCUAUACUACAAACGUUUCUUUCCCUACUAUGCAUUCAAUGUUCUAGGUGGCCUUGACAAUGAAGGAAAGGGCUGUGUUUUUACAUAUGAUGCUGUUGGAUCCUAUGAGAGGGUUGGAUAUAGUUCUCAAGGUUCAGGUUCAACUUUGAUCAUGCCUUUCCUUGACAACCAAUUAAAGUCUCCUAGCCCUCUUUUGCUGCCUGCCAAGGAUGCUGUAACUCCACUUUCUGAAUCAGAAGCCAUUGACUUGGUGAAGACAUGUUUUGCUUCAGCAACAGAAAGGGAUAUAUAUACUGGUGACAAGCUGGAAAUAGUCAUAUUAAAUGCUGAUGGUGUUCGUAGGGAAGAAAUGGAUCUCAGGAGAGACUGAUUUCUCUUUUUUAGAUUCCUGUGAUUUAUGUUUGAAUUAGUUUGGAAGGCGUAAAUGCAUAUGGACAAUGAACCCCAAGAUGACCCUUUCUACGGCUGUACGCACAGCAGUUGUUUAUUGUUGAUCAUCUAUGUACUGUAAACUGCAAUUCCUAUUACCUGGAAAUGUUAUGCUGAAUUAUGAAAGAACUGAAUGCUUAAACUUUAGUCUGGUAAAACUUAAUCUUUAGAUGGAA